AUGCACUCUGCAUACACAGAGGCCUUCAGCCUUUGGUGCUUGCGAAGUCGCGGCGGGCCUGCGGAGGUCUUUCGGGAAAUUGACCUGGAGGGCAGCGGGACGGUGAGCCAGUGCGAGUUCGUGAAGGGCCUUACAGCUCUAGGGUUCUUCGAUGAUGAGACAAUUCCCGAGGGCAUCCGGACAGAGGAGCUUCUCCUGAAGAACCUGUAUCCCUUGAUUGUCACUGGUCAUUGCAUCAGCAUCGACGACGUCCUUUUCUUGGAGAAGGACAAGGUGAAGCGUGCGAAGAUUAUCCGCCAGCUGCAGCGGAUACGAGACCAGGGCAUCGAGGCUGGGCCCGAACCCUUGCGCAACGAAGGGCAGCGCAUGCUCUUCAAGCUGUCCAUGUCCACAACGCAGCUAGGAGGCAAACACUGGAAGGGCGUGAAGUCCAAAGUGGCUCGCGGGGCAGGGAAUAUGCCUGGUUCCCCAAACUUCCGGCCCAACCUCACGUGGCUCGAGCAGAUCUCCCUGGCCCGAGCUCCGAAGGCUCGCGAGACAGGCCAGGCCAGUUCGUUGUUUCACUCUUUUCGCUCUCAUGGAACCUCGGGGGUUUGCAAUGGGAUUUAUGUUCUGGUUGGGCUUGGCAGGAAGGGAUUCUCAGAAUUUCUCAGAGUUUGGGGCUGGCUUUGGCUUAAAGGAGAUGGCAGGUUUGGCAAGAGCUUGGAAAAUGGGAGGCUACCUCGUGUCGUCUCGCGGCAUAAUCGGGGCAACGCACAGACAGCAUGUUGUCCAGCCUACCUCUGGCUUUUUGUAAACGAUCUGCAGAUAACAGGGCGUUCCAUCGUGUUCCGUCCAUGCGUGCAGCUCAUUUGGGCGCCUUGA